GUGAGGCACUUGAUCGACCUCUCCCUGGCCUUGGUGUUCGGUCACCAAUCAGUCUCGUCUUCGACGGCAUCACUCUGGGCAGUGCCACAUUCGCCAGACACGAGUCACUGCAAGUGAUCUGUGUCACCAGCAUUGAUGCUGCCACGGGCCGGCUGGUGAACCGCUUGCUCGCGACGCCCAGUGUGGGAUCCGACAAGGAUGGUGUUUCCGUCGCCAAAGUGGUUUUGGCUGGAUUGGUCCAGCACUCGUGUGGCUUCAACGAAGCCCGCCUUCGCAGCCUACCGCUGUGCAUGGUGGGUGGCGACGGAGCCAACGUGGGAGGAGGCCCUCGGGCGCUGCACUCCAGCACGAGGGCCUCCGAGAAGCUCUGGGACCUCGUCUACACCUUCGGCAACAAUUCGCCUUCGAACCCCAUGGUGCUAUGGGAUGGUUUUCACCGAGCCAAUACGGCGUACGAGAAGUGCGUGGCUGACCACCAGUUUAUCGCAGAACUGUUGGCCUGCGCAAAGGCCAUGAACGCUUCCUUUGGUGUUGGCCCUGGCCAAGUCGUCUACAGGAGUACGGCGGCCGAGCUGGACAUCGGCAUCAAGAAACCAGAGGACAUGGGCGGGACACGUGUGCUGAUUGCAACCUUGAAUGUACCAGCAAACCUGUUGAACAACUUGCAGGGUUACGUUGCUGGCUUGCACAUGAAAAUACACCGCCGACAGCGUGGCAAGGGAUCCAACACACAGACGAGUCUGGCCACCAUCGGCCGCAGGUUGUCUUCGGUAGAUUUCGUCGCCUUCGCCCUCGCUGUGGAUGGUGUUUUCGGUAAA